AUGGUAUACCGCAUAAUGGUCUUCGCACCACGCAAAUCAAAUAUCACACACGAGGAAUUCAAAUCCCGCUACGAGCAGCACAUGCGCAUGGUAGCGGGUCUCUGUGGCGAUGCAGCACCCCUCUCACACACACGAUCGUAUCUGAAGCAUGACGGAUCUAAUCCGAUACUGCUGGCAGGAAGCGUCGACGAGACCUAUGAUGCUGUGGUGACUAUGUCAUUUGAGGAUGAGGCUGGGUUUGGAAGAUUCUGUCAGGCGUUGGAUACGCCGGAGGCUAAGGCUAUGAUUGAGGCUGAUGAGGCGGGAUUUUGGGAUCGGGAGAGGAUGAAGGUUAUGGUUGUUGAGGAUGUGAGGGAGGGGUUGGAGGAAGCAUAG